AUGCGUGUGUUGGAUACUCUGCGCAAUCAGCGCUGUCGUCAUGCCCUCCUCUCGUGUCAUGCAUCACGGAUAUCUGCUGCUUGCACGCUGAUACGACACAGUUCAAGGACGACGACGACCACUGUUGCUGCUGCUGCAACAACAGCAACAGCUUCUAUUUCCGAUGACCUGCAGCAAGGACAUAUAUAUGUAGGUCCUGAUGAGGAGGUUCUGUUUAUUAACAAUAUCCUCCCCCUACGCCUCCAAUGGCUCUACCGCAUUCUCUGGCUUGGCGACACAUUCGGCGUCGAAAGACUGCUCAAACACGUCGACAAGCCAUCCUACGCCGCAGCCGACCACUGGGCAAUUGUGCAACGAGCACUACCACCGAACCUAAACGUGCAAGUCAAACAAGUCCUCCCUCGACUAAGCGAGGGCGGGUUAUUCAUAAAAUAUUCCGUCCCGCCUGAAGGUCGCGAGCAAAAGAGCAAAGGUGAAAUUGCUGCCGCAGUCGACGCUUAUUUAGAGCAAAACCCCAUUCGCCCAUGGUUCAACCCCUUUGAUCGUGUCGGCGUUGGUCGCGUUCUGGGAAAGCCCUGGAUUGAGGAUAUGUAUCACUUGCCGAGUCCGAAAGUGAAGAUUGAGUUUUUAUCGGCUUCUGCUGCUAGUUCGGUGUCUGCACCUGCGACGGCUUCUGCGGCGGAAUUGACUCCGGAAGCUUUGUAUUCGAUAUUUCGGAGAUAUGGAAAGAUCAAGGACAUAGAGAGACAGCCAGCUGAUUCUAAGAUCAUUCCUAAGUACGCCAAUAUAGAGUUUACCAGAAUAAAGUACGCUAUCCUUGCUCGGAGUUGCAUACACGGAAUCACCAUCCCAGGAGAAGUGAGCGGCGGCAAGGACGGAGGAACUGGAACUGUUCUUAAAGUAUCUUAUGAGCGGAAAAUCAAGGCUCAUUGGAUCAGAGACUGGAUUGUCAAUCAUCCUCGUAUCGUGAUCCCCGCCAUAGCAGCAUUGAUUGCAGGGAUUACAGUCAUUAUCUUCGAUCCUAUCCGCACCUUCUUUAUUAAGGUCAAGGUCAAGUACCUGCUUAAUACGAAUGACAAGCAGCCGAUAUGGUCAUGGAUUCGAAAGGAAGUACGCAAAGCAAACUUUUUGUCUUUCAAAAAACGCAGCGAGAAGAACGUGCUCCGAGCCAUAUGGGAUGACCGCAAGGACGAAAUCACGCAACUUCAGUCAUGGUUGGUCGAAAACGGCAAUACUUUCAUCGUCGUCCAGGGGCCGCAUGGCUCUGGCAAGAGGGAGAUAGUUGUGGACCAAGCUUUGAGAGACCGAAACAACAAACUCAUUAUCGACUGCAAGCAAAUCCAAGAAGCUAGGGGUGAUGCACAGACAAUCUCCGUGGCGGCUCAGCAAGUCGGGUACCGGCCGAUAUUCUCAUGGAUGAAUAGCAUCAGCAGCUUCAUAGACUUGGCCUCCCAGGCUGUUAUUGGCACCAAAGCCGGAUUUUCGGAGACGCUGGACUCCCAACUUAGCAAAAUAUGGACAAACACUGCGACUGCUCUGCGACAAAUUGCACUUGAGAGUAGAAAGCAGGAUGACCGCGAUAAUGGACUUUCGGACGAAGAAUACCUAGAGGCGCAUCCGGAGAUAAGACCUGUCGUUGUGAUUGAUAAUUUCCUGCAUGGGAUUGGUGAGGGCCUUGUCUAUGACAAGAUUGCAGAAUGGGCUGCGGCAUUGGUCACUAGCAACGUAGCUCAUGUCAUCUUCCUCACGCCAGAUGCUUCAUUCUCAAAGUCACUUAGUAAAGCGCUUCCCAACCAAGUGUUUCGCUCGAUAUCGUUAGGUGAUUGCUCACUUGAAGUGGGGCGUCAUUUCAUUCUUCGUUAUUUGCAACAUCGCGAAGGCCAGAAGAGUGAUGAUGAGGCGGAAGAGCCAGAUAUACCGCCGGAGGGGCUAGAAGAUUUGGAUGACUGUAUUCAAACGGUUGGCGGUCGUUUGACUGACUUGGAGUUUAUGGCGCAUAGAAUCAAGUCGGGCGAGAGACCUAAAAGCGCCGUCAAACACAUCAUUGAACAAGCAGCCGCUGAAAUCUUGAAAGUUUACGUCCUCGAAGCCAGUCACGGCGACACGGCAUGGACUCGCGAGCAAGCUUGGUACCUGAUCAAGAAGAUCGGCGAAGACGCCAGCGGUGUUGUUCCUUAUAACGGUAUUGUCCUUUCAGAUCUCUUUGCAGAAAAUGGCGAAAAAACAUUAUCUGCCCUUGAGCAAACAGACCUCAUUAGCGUCAUAUCUGUCAAUGGCCGUCCAUCAGCAAUCAAAUCCGGUCGACCAGUCUACCAUGCCGCCUUCAAACACCUCACUGAAGACCAGGUACUACGGAACAAACUCGAUCUCGGUAUACUGGGCCAGUUGAUUGGCAAGGAAAAUGCCAAAGUCAGCAAGUACGAAGCUGAGCUUCAGUUGCUGGGGACUCUGAAGAAGUAUCCGACUGAGCUGAAUUCAAGAGUGCAAUGGGUGGCUCAGAAGCUGCAGGAUGCUCAGGGCAAGUUGGAGAAAUAUGAAAGGCAGAGCGGAGCAUUGGCCAAAUUUCUGAAGACGGCGGAAUGA